CCUACCUAGGGCUCCUCAUAUAGUGUUUGACGUCUCAUACUCGUCUCCUGGUUCACUGCUUUAUGCCCACACUCUCUUUCUUUUCGUUCACACUGCUGGCAGGUUCAGGCAUUUCACGACUGACGCUGGACAGGUUACGCUCUCUUGUUCAACCAUCAGUCGCUUUUGCCUCAAAUGAAUUCCUAGAGUUUAACUUUCUUUUAGCCGCUGCUGGUUACCAGCGUUCAAUCUUCUAUUCCUUCUUGUGUAUUUCUUUGCGGGUCCUGGCAAGAUGGAAAGAUGGGUGCCUCCGACCGUCCAGCUCGACGCCCGAUCGCAUUUCAAUAUGACUCUCAACGUAUCGGCCGUUCGUGAGGUUCCCUGGACAGCAUCGAACGGAACCCGAGCUCUCAUCGCCAACCUUCAACUACAACAGGUGCAGACAUUGCGGACGAUGCAUUUGACUUUGGGGGCUUUCAGUCUGGCUUUGGCGCUCUUGACGGUCCAUCGUAUCAUCUCAGACGCGAGGAGGGUGGCAGCAGUGCAGGUUUCGCAGAAGAAACAACGCUUCGGCCUCCUCCAGUGCGUUCAUCCCGCAGAGACAUUCCCACUCGUACUGGCUUGCGGUGCGGUUAUACAACAAACUAUUUUCGUAUCAGUGCAGAGCACAUCCCUUCGUAGUGUAUUAUCUAACAAUUGUCGUGGUUUGGCCAUGAUCACAUUUCCAGGAUACGUAACGCUAGUAUUUGGAUUCGAGAUGACCAUACGGGCCUUCAAGUACGAACGAUUCGCACCGAGAGGAAAGUGGAACACGAGCAUCUGCAUCGGCAUAAUUUCCUUCCUCCUCCUCCUGACCUGGAUGCCCACCGUUAUCUGGCCAAUGUUCAACCGGUGUUUUGGCAGCCUCGUCUGGUUUCCCGUUCGUUAUGAGCUUAUUGCUAUUUGCAUCCUCAGCGUCCUCGUCUUCUUCUUCCUUCUUCUCGCGGCAUUGAUCAGCAUUCAGUUGAUGCGAACCACCAAGAUCGACCCGAACGAGCGAAUCGCAGCGUCGAGGAUGUGCUACUACCUGUUGAUCAGCACACUCAUCUACACACUCGUGAUUCCCGUACAGAUCCAGGCCCACCGAAAGGACUUCUUUAAUGCCCUCGCCACUUCGCGUAUUGCUGAGAUCGCUCUCUUCACCUCCGGCAUUUUCUUUGCCUUCUUCCAUCUCUUCCUCCGAGUAAACGCCACACGUAUGGUCAUCAAGCCCAUGAAGGAUGAAGGUGAUUCUUCUCUGCCUGCCGCAAAGCGACCAAAGAUUCGAUUUUUCGGCCCAAGCGAUCUGGAGAUGAACAUCAGUGGACCUCUGGCUCUCCAAGGUGGACAAAGGCCCGACAGCCGACAGGGCUUGAUUGACGUUGGCCCUGAGAAGAACCGCUACGAGUUUGACCCCGAAUACUUCAACCGACCAGAGCGACCACUGACCCCUGGGUCAAUGAAGUCCCUAGGACCAGUCGACCCAACCAAAUGGCCACUUCCCCCGGACCCAGUCCAGACCAGCUAUUUCAACGAGCCUAAAGACGGCACAGAGGGACUUCACAAGCGCAGCAAGUCCUCGUACUCACUGUUCCCCACUCGUGCGGAAGAGAUUCCACGACUACCUGCGACCGUCUACUCACCCGAGAAGCCCACAGCAGACAGCAGAAUAUCCAAGCUCGCACUCCGACGCCAGACACGACGAAGCUCCCUCGGCGGCAAGUCCGUCACAGACGUCACUGAAUGCUUCAGGAACCUCACCAAACCGGCACCGCUAUUCGCAAAGAGCCAUCGUCGAGACAUGAGCACUGACAGCAGCGCAACGGUACAAAUCGGACUUCGUUUCUCGGUUGCACCGGCAACACUUCUUGCUGCCAAGUGUACCACGGCCACUCGUGAACAGCUGCAGCCAUCGAUGCCAAUCCUCCGAAGAGACAACUCUGACUCCAGCAACGAGAGCCUAGGUCUCCCGAUCCAGUCUCCCUCCAGCCGAGACUCGUCCUCAACCAGCAUCUCUGACGGAGCUAGCGUCUCUGCCUUCCCCCAACCUCCAGCACCAGUAGUAGCAUCGCCCACCAAGACGCCCCCGUUCCCCAAAGACAGCAGCGCGUACCUCCAGCAACAGCGCGAGAAGGUGCUCCCACCAACCCCCAAAGCCUUCGCAUCUGCGAUGCCCACGCCACCACCCGCGACCGCGCAACCCAGCGCUGUCGCUGCAUUGAGUGGCCUGAGGAUGAACCCCGUCUCGCCCACCUCGCCCGCCAGCAUGAACCGAUCCACAACUCGAUCGCCAACCCGAUCCCCAACAACACGGUCACCAACCGCGAGGAUCCCACUCGGAGAGGGAACAAUGGCAAGGAGUCCACCACCCAACGGCUGGAUAUAAACCCCUCGCCAUCUUCCUUCCCUUCCUUUCCUCUUUCCGCACGACACAUCGACUUGUAGAUUGCUUUUGAUUCCCACCUUCCCCCCAUUGUACGAUAGGCGUUUCUUCUCACUCACUCACUCACCACAUUUUCUCUUCCAUCAUUUUCUUAACCCCCAUUUUAACGCACCGAGAUUCACUUCUCGGUCGCGCUCGCCGCGCACUUUGUUUCGGGAAAGACCAGGGGUCUUCACAGGGGGGCCAAAGGGGAACAAGGGGGUUAUCCAUUUUCUGAGGCGUUCCGAUGUUUCACAUUUUCUUUCCCCUUCUUUGGUUCUUAAACUAUUCACGUACCCUACGCCAGCCAGACAGACUCACUCAUGC